CGACUGUGAGUAACAGUUUAUGGAAUAAGUGAUCAAUCAUUUUCCCUAUAUAUGUUCUGUCAAAAUAAAACCUAAUACGCACGAGUACGACAAUGGUAUUACCCCAAUUGCAAUUAAUUAAUCAACCCCAGUACUAAUUACUUCAUUAAACAUACUUAUAUAACCCUAAUCAAUACUCUCUCUCUAUAUAGUGCCUGCCAACUCCCAAUACUAGAAAACCCCUAUAUUUUUUCCUUACCUUUAAGCUACCACUGUACCACAUCCACUUUCCUCCACCACAAUGCAGCUCCGCCAGACAGCCGCCGCCGCAGCUGCGGUGGUCCUGUCUCUUUCCUUUCUCCUCCUCCUCCUCACUUCCACCGCCAAAGCACACAACAUCACCCACAUUCUCGAGAAGAACCCCGAAUUCUCCACCUUCAGCCACUACUUAACUGUGACCCAGCUAGCUCCGGAGAUUAACCGGCGGGAAACAAUCACCGUUUGUGCGGUGGACAACGCCGGAAUGUCGGAUCUACUCGCCAAGCACCUGUCCAUCGGCGGCAUCAGGAACGUGCUCUCCCUCCACGUGCUCCUCGACUACUUCGACGCCAAGAAGCUCCACCAGAUUACCGACGGCACCGCCCUCGCCGCCACCAUGUACCAGGCCACCGGCGAAGCCACCGGAUCCGCCGGCUUCGUUAACAUCACAGAUCUGAAGGGCGGCAAGGUCGGUUUCUCCCCGCAGGACAGCGGCGGCGGCGUUUCGGCCACCUUCGUCAAAACCGUCGAGGCCAUUCCUUACAACAUCUCCGUAAUUCAGAUCUCGUCCAUCCUGCCUUCCCCCGAAGCCGAGGCGCCGGCUCCGGGGCCGAGCCAGACGAACAUCACGGCUCUGAUGUCGGCUCACGGCUGCAAAGUGUUCGCCGAGACGCUCCUGGCUAAUCCGGCCGAGCAGACGUUCGAGACCAACGUGGAGAGCGGGCUGACGAUCUUCUGCCCCGGCGACGACGCUAUGAAGGGGUUUUUGCCCAAAUUCAAAAACCUAACCGCCGACGGCAAACAGUCUCUGCUCGAAUUCCACGGAAUGCCGAUCUACCAGACGUUGCAGGGGUUGAAAUCGAGCAACGGCUUGGCGAACACUUUGGCGACCGACGGCGCCAGGCGGUACGAUUUCACCGUGCAGAACGACGGCACUGAAGUGACGAUUGUGACGGGAGUCGCGACGGCGAAGAUCACCAACACCUUGGUUGAAGAGACGCCGGUGGCUAUUUACCAAGUGAACAAGGUUUUGAUGCCGAAGGAGCUGUUCAAGGCGGCUCUGACUCCAACGCCGGCUCCGGCUCCGGCUCCGGAGGCGGACGCUCCCAAGUCGUCGAAGAAGAAGAAGCAUAAGUCGCCGCCUGCUCCGUCAGAUUCACCGGCUGAUUCUCCAGACGCCGACGCAGAUGUGGCGGACCAAACCGCUAACGGCGCUGUUAGAUUUAACGCCGGAGGAUUUGGUGCUGUAAUUUUGUGUAUGUGGUUUGCGUUUCUGCAACUGUAAGUUGUGCAUUUUUCUUUUUUACCGUCGGUGCUUUAUUUCCUUUUCUGGUUUUUCUUUUUCUUUUUUUUUUUUCCCUUUUCGCCUUUUCUGAAAAAUAAUUGAGGGCUGUAAUGGCUAUUUAAUUUAUUUGUAUAAUAAUUGUAAUAGAUUGGUAGGGCACUUUUCCAUAAUUAGUCAUCUCCAAUUUUUUAUAUGAUGUUUUUUUAUUGCAUCGUUGUUUGCGGGGCGAUUGUUUUU